CGGCGCUGCGGCGGCUGAACUCGGCCGUGCAGUACGUGCCGUACCGCGGGGCGCUGCGGCCGCGCUCCGCGCUGCGCCUCGUGCGCCAGUACGACAUCGUGGCCGACUGCUCCGACAACGCCCCCACCCGCUACCUGGUGAGCGAUGCCUGCGUGCUGGCCGGCAAGCCGCUGGUGUCCGGCAGCGCGCUGCGCCUCGAGGGGCAGCUGGUGGUGUACAACCACGGCGGCGGGCCCUGCUACCGCUGCCUGUUCCCCGAGCCGCCCCCGCCCGACGCCGUCACCAACUGUGCCGACGGCGGCGUGCUGGGCGUCGUCACCGGCAUCAUCGGCUGCCUGCAGGCGCUGGAGGUGCUGAAGAUCGCCUCGGGAAUGGGCGCCUCCUUCCACCGCUACAUGCUGAUGUUCGAUGCCCUGGAGGGCAGGUUCCGCAACAUCAAGCUGCGCCCGAGGAAAGCGGACUGCGCGGUGUGCGGGGAGCAGCCCAGCAUCACCUGCCUGCAGGAUUACGAGGCGUUCUGCGGCUCCUCCGCCACGGACAAGUGCCGGGCCGUGCGGCUGCUGCCCGCCGCCGACAGGAUCUCGGUGCAGCAGUACAAGGAGCUGCUGGACGGGCGCGUCCCGCACCUGCUGCUGGACGUGCGGCCGCAGGUGGAGGCGGACAUCUGCCGCCUGCAGCACGCCCUGCACAUCCCGCUCCGCAAACUGCAGGAGAGAGACCCGCCCUCCCUGCAGCUUUUACAAACCAGGAUUUGCGAGGAAAAGCGGAGAACUGACGGCCAAAGCGCUCUCCCCGUAUAUGUUGUUUGCAAGUUAGGAAAUGAUUCCCAGAAGGCUGUAAAAAUUCUGCAGGAGUUACCUGCCGAAGAAUUUGGUCCUGUGUUAGCUAAGGAUAUUAAAGGGGGGCUCAUGGCUUGGGCCACUAAAAUUGACUCAACGUUUCCUCAGUACUAGGAUUUAAAGUGGUGAGAAAACCGCACAUUUUCACAGUUCUGUACCAUCUCCUCUCUGUAGUGGCUAUAUCACAUGGAAAAACCAGACAGAAAUACCAUACUGCCUUUUUAUGUUACCUUUUUUUUUUUUUCCCAAGAAAAAUGCGUAUUUUUUUAGCUGUCUGAUUAUUUUUAUAAAAAUGUAAAUCUAUCCAUGAAAGUGGAAAGAGAUGUGUUCCUUGCUUAUGAUUGAAUAGUAAAAACUUGGCAUAACUACUGGCUUGUGCACGUGAUGAUUGAGAAUAUCCUAAUUAGCAAUUGUAACCUGGAAAACGACAAAACACAAGAAUCAUGGUUUUACUCUCUCUAAACUGCUUAACAAAUUGAAACAGUGCAUGAAAUGAA